AUGGAGCAACUGACAACCCUCCCUCAGCCUGGGGAUCCAGGAGCCAUGGAACCCUGGGCACUGCCMGCCUGGCAGAGCUGGACUCCGGGCCAGGGGGGCGAGCCUGGAGACAGAGCCCCAAGCAUUGCUGACACUCCGACAGCUUUGCAGGUUGGAGAACUGAGGCCCGAGGAGAGCUGCGAGCCUGAGGGAGCCCAGAGCCCCAGGCCCAUGGGGGGCAUUGACCCUGAAGGAGCAGAGGCUGGGCUGCCCAGCCUGGGGCAGCAAGCAGUGAUCUCUGGUCGUGUUUGUCUGGGGCUGAAGGAUGAGGAUGUGGAGGCUUUGACUAAGGCCAAGGUGAACAUGGGCUUUGGUGACAGACCCAAUCUGGAGCUCCUGAGGGCUCUGGGUGAGCUGCAGCAGCGCUGUGCCAUCCUUAAGGAGGAAAACCAGAUGCUGAGAAAGAGCAGCUUCCCMGAGACAGAGGAGAAGGUGCGGAGGCUGAAGCGGAAGAACGCAGAACUGGCGGUCAUUGCCAAGCGCCUGGAGGAGAGGGCCCGGAAGCUCCAGGAAACAAACCUGAGGGUGGUAAGUACUCCGGUGCCUGGACCAGGGGCCAGCUUGGAGUUUUGCCGGAAGGCCCUAGCCCGCCAGCGAGCCCGGGAUCUCAGUGACACAGCCAGUGCACUGCUGGCCAAGGACAAGCAGAUUGCUGCCUUGCAGCGGGAGUGCAGGGAGCUGCAGGCCAGGCUCACUCUGGUGGGAAAGGAGGGUCCCCAGUGGCUCCACGUGCGGGACUUCGACCGGUUGCUGCGCGAGUCCCAGCGGGAGGUGCUGCGGCUGCAGAGACAGAUCGCCCUGCGCAACCAGCAGGAGCCGCCCCCGCCACCCCGGCCCCCGGGCUCUACUGCCCCGGCUAGAGCAGGGGCGCCAGCCCCGGGGGCUCCGGGAGAGGCCACACCUCAGGAGGAUGUGGAGAGCCCACCSGUGGUCCUAGGGGAGCCUGAGAAACAGCCAAGGGUGCAGCAGCUGGAAUCUGAGCUCAGCAAGAAGCGGAAGAAAUGCGAAAGUCUGGAGCAGGAAGCCCGGAAAAAGCAGAGGCGAUGUGAGGAGCUGGAACUGCAGCUAAGAGAAGCCCAGAAUGAGAAUGCCCGCCUGGUGGAGGAGAACUCUCGGCUCAGUGGGAGAGCCUCAGAGAAGGAGCAGGUUGAGUGGGAGAAUGUGGAGUUGAGGGGCCAGCUCCUGGGGGUGACACAGGAGAGGGACUCAGCCCUUCAAAAGAGCCAGGGCCUGCAAAGCAAGCUGGAGAGCCUGGAGCAGGUGCUGAAGCACAUGCGGGAGGUGGCCCAGCGGCGGCAGCAGCUGGAGGUGGAGCAUGAGCAGGCUCGGCUCAGCCUGCGGGAGAAGCAAGAGGAGGUUCGACGGCUGCAGCAGGCCCAGGCCGAAGCCAAGAGGGAACAUGAAGGGGCCGUCCAGCUGCUGGAGUCCACCUUGGAUUCCAUGCAGGCCCGGGUUCGAGAGCUYGAGGAGCAGUGCCGCAGCCAGACGGAGCGUUUCAGCCUCCUGGCUCAGGAGCUCCAGGCUUUUCGUCUGCACCCAGGCCCCUUGGAUCUGCUCACUUCUGCCCUGGGCUGCAGUGCCCUGGGGGACCACCCACCACCCCCCUGCUGCUGCUCUACCCCCCAGCCCUGCCGGGGGUCUGGCCCCAAAGACCUUGACCUCCCGCCGGGCUCACCAGGGCGCUGCACCCAAAAGUCUUCCGAGCCUGCCCCUGCCACCCUUACCGGGGUCCCUCGAAGGACAGCCAAGAAGGCAGAGUCUCUCUCUAACUCCUCUCGCUCCGAGUCCAUCCACAACAGCCCCAAGUCAUGCCCUACACCAGAGGUGGACACAGCCAGUGAGGUGGAGGAGCUAGAGGUGGACAGUGUGUCCCAGCUCCCAGCAGCCCCGGAGGGCAACCCAGGAACAGCCAGGAUCCAGGUCUUCCUAGCUCGCUAUAGCUACAAUCCCUUUGAGGGUCCCAACGAGAAUCCAGAGGCAGAACUUCCCCUGACAGCUGGAGAGUACAUUUACAUCUAUGGCAACAUGGAUGAGGAUGGCUUUUUUGAAGGGGAGCUCAUGGAUGGCCGCAGGGGCCUGGUCCCUUCCAAUUUUGUAGAGCGUGUGUCUGAUGACGACCUCCUGACCUCUCUCCCUCCGGAGUUGGCYGAUUUGUCCCACAGCUCAGGCCCUGAACUCAGUUUCCUGAGCGGAGGUGGGGGUGGCAGCAGUAGCGGGGGCCAGAGCAGCGGGGGACGUAGCCAGCCCAGACCCCAGGAGGAUGCCGGGGAUGAGCUCAGUCUGAGCCCCCCACCGGAGGGCCUGGGCGAGCCUCCAGCUGUGCCUUAUCCCCGCCAUCUGGUGGUCCUCAAGCAGCUGGCCCACAGUGUGGUGCUGGCCUGGGAGCUGCCUCCUGAACGCGUGGAACUACGUGGCUUCCAUAUCAGCGUGAACGGGGAGCUGCGUCAGGCUCUGGGGCCCGGGGCACCUCCCAAGGCUGUGCUUGAGAACUUGGACUUGCAGGCCGGGCCCCUCCAUGUUUCUGUCCAAGCCCUGACCAGCAGGGGCAGUUCCGACCCUCUGCGCUGUUGCUUGGCCCUGGGUGCUCGGGCUGGGGUGGUACCUAGCCAGCUGCGGGUCCAUCGGUUGACAGCCACGUCCGCUGAGAUCACCUGGGUGCCCGGCAAUAGCAACUUGGCCCAUGCCAUCUACCUCAAUGGGGAAGAGUGCCCAUCUGCCCGCCCCAGCACCUACUGGGCCACCUUCUGCCACCUGCGGCCUGGCACACUGUAUCAGGCCCGAGUGGAGGCUCAGCUCCCAUCCCGAGGGUCCUGGGAACCAGGCUGGGAGAAGCCAGACCAGCGGGCUGCCACCCUGCAGUUCACCACGCUCCCAGCAGGCCCGCCUGAUGCCCCGCUGGAUGUACAGAUUGAGCCAGGGCCCUCCCCUGGAAUCUUGAUCAUUAGUUGGCUCCCAGUCACCAUCGAUGCUGCUGGCACCUCCAAUGGAGUCCGAGUCACAGGCUAUGCCAUCUAUGCUGAUGGGCAGAAGAUCAUGGAGGUGGCGUCACCCACAGCCGGCAGCGUGCUGGUGGAGUUGUCCCAGCUGCAGCUGCUCCAGGUGUGCCACAAGGUGGUUGUGCGGACCAUGUCGCCCCACGGAGAGUCGGCCGACUCCAUUCCAGCCCCUAUUGCUCCAGCCCUGACUCCAGCCUGCUUGCCAGCCAGGGUCUCCUGCCCCUCACCACGACCAAGCCCAGAGGCCAGAACACCCCUUGCUCCAGCCUCCCCAGGGCCUGGGGACCCCAGCUCUCCCCUCUGGUGUCCUGCCCCCCAUGGAACUCAAGAUCCCCCAGGAGGCCCCCCAGCAAGCCCUUCCAGAGAGAUGCCAAAAGGAUCCCAGGAGGAACCACCAGCCCCUUGCUCCCAGGAGGAGGCUGGGGCAGCUGUCCUGUGUGCCUCAGAGGAGAAGAGGGCCAGCGAGCCAACCCUGGGGGAAGGAGGCCCUGGUCCCGUAGCUUUCUCCCUGGCUGAGCAGGAGGCCGAGUGGACGGCAGGAGAGGCCAGCCCCACAGCCUGCUCCACUCAGGCAACACCGGCCGAGAGGAUGCCAAAUACUGAGACCUGCUGCAGAGGAGAUCCCGGGCCAGGACCGAGACCUAGGGCUGAGAAAGAGGACAUGGCAGAGCUUGGGGUUCGCCUAGUGAACUCCCUUGUGGAUCAUGGCCGUAACUCAGACCUGUCAGACAUCCAGGAGGAGGAGGAAGAGGAGGAGGAGGAUUUGGAGCUGGGUUCUAGGACCUGCUCUUUCCAGAAGCAGGUUGCUGGCAACAACAUCAGGGAGAAUGGGGCCAAGUCCCAGCCUGACCUCUUUUGUGAGACUGACAGCGAUGAGGAGAUCUUGGAGCAGAUCCUGGAGCUGCCCCUCCAGCAGUUCUGCAGCAAGAAGCUCUUUAGCAUCCCCGAAGAGGAGGAAGAGGAGGACGAGGACGACGAAGGGAAGCCAGGGGCAGGCUGUCCUUCCCAAGACCCUGGCCCACCUGAACCUGCAAUGCUGGGGCUGGGCUGUGACAGGGGUCAGCCCCAAGGACCUGGCCUGUGUCCCCUGUCUCCUGAGCCCUCCAGGGCCAGGGACUACCUGGAGGAUCAAUCCGGACUAGUCAGUGGAAGCUGCCAGAGGAGAGGAGGUGGCUCCCCUGAGAAGCCCCUAAACCGCCGGCGACCUCCAGACCCCCGAGAACACUGCAGUCGACUUCUCAGCAACGGCGGCGGGCCCCAGGCCUCGGCACGUCCAGGCCUCCCUCGGGACAGGAGUGUCCUCCCUGUGAUUGAGGGCACCAGGAGUGGUGUAGAGGCUGGUGGGCGAGGGCGACCGGGCCCUUCCCGGAGGUGCCACCGUGGCCGGGCCCCGGAAUCUGGACUGACCAGCUGCCUCUCCCCGAAGUGCUUGGAAAUCAGCAUCGAAUACGAUUCUGAGGACGAGCAGGAAGCAGGCAGCGGGGGCAUCAGCAUCACCAGCUCCUGUUACCCGGCAGAUGGGGAGGCCUGGGGCACAGCACCUAUAGCAAGGCCCAGAGGGCCUCUGAAGGUCAAUUCAGGCCCCCAUCCCUCCCCACGCCUCCCAGCCUGGGAGAAAGGGGAGCCAGAGCGGAGAGGGCGCAGUGCGACUGGCAGAGCCAAGGAGCCAUCCUCCCGGACAACGGAGGCUGGCGAGCCCAGAGGGCAGGAUUGCUCUGGGCGGAGGGGACCCCAGAAGAGAGGGGCCCGGGUGCCCAGGCCAGGUGCCACUGACCUGGCUCCACCGAGGGGCCCGCCAGAAGCACUGGACCUACCUGUCAGGCUCUUUGUGGCUCUGUUUGACUAUGACCCUGUGUCCAUGUCACCCAACCCUGACGCUGGCGAAGAGGAGCUCCCUUUCCGGGAGGGCCAGAUCCUGAAGGUGUUUGGGGACAAGGAUGCCGAUGGCUUCUACCAGGGUGAAUGUGGGGGCCGGAUGGGCUACAUCCCCUGCAACAUGGUGGCUGAGGUGGCUGUGGACAGUCCUGCAGGGAGACAGCAGCUCCUCCAGCGGGGUUAUUUAUCUCCAGAUGUUGUCCUUGAGGGCUCAGGGAACGGUCCCUUUGUGUACUCUACAGCCCGAACACCUGGGCCUCCUCCCAAGCCCCGCCGCUCCAAGAAAGCGGAGUCAGAAGGCCCUGUCCAGUCCUGUCCAGGCCCCUCUAAGCUGAUUCCCUCUGCGGACCUGAAAGCUCCCCGCCCCAUGGUGGCUGCAUUUGACUACGACCCCCGGGAGAACUCCCCCAACAUGGACGUGGAGGCAGAGCUGCCCUUCAGGGCCGGGGACGUCAUCACCGUGUUUGGGAGCAUGGAUGACGAUGGCUUCUACUAUGGGGAACUGAACGGACAAAGGGGCCUAGUUCCAUCCAACUUCCUGGAGGGACCUGGGCCUGAAGCAGGCAGUCCAGAUAAGGAGCCUGGGAUUCCCCAGGCCGAGAGUCAGAGAAUGAGGAGGAGAAGAGUCCAGUGCUAG